UUAGUUGCAAGAGAAUGAAUUCAUUUCAUUGAUGACCUCUUCUUUUCCACUUUCACAUCAGACUAUAGACUGGAGAUUAGAUACUAAAGUCGACUUAUAGCCACAUAAGACGUUCUAUAAUAAGCUCGAGCUCGCCUUGUUUAGUGUUGGUGUUGAUAUUAGGCAGCCGAUCCUAAAAAGUUGGAUCCAUGUUUGGUGGUUAUGUUUAAAUCCGACCCGUUACUGAAGUAGACGAGAUUUAAGUGCAAGAGACUGAAUUCAUUGGUGAGCUCUUCUUUACCACUUUCACAUCAGACUAAAGACUGGAGAUUGGAAGCUAAAGUCGACUUAAAGCCCCAUAAAAACGAUCUAUAAUUAAGCCGAUCUCGCCCCGAUAAUUGUUCGUGUGGAUGCCAAGCGGCCGAUCCUAAAAAAUUGGAUCCGUAUUUGGUGGUUGCAUUUACAUCCGACCCAUCUAUACACCAACAUGGUGGAACCCAUCCGUAAUUGGGCUACCUGCUCGGGAUAUAUUGGACAAGGGAAAGAUGUAGACUCUCUCGCUGUUAGGGUUUCCGAUUGGUCCUCUGGAAGAGAGUUAUCGGAGGUGGUCCGGCGGGGGCGGCGUUGGAGGUCUCAGAAUCAAUGACCAUCUUUAGGAUUGUUGCAUCUGAUCCUCGUUGAUGACGGCGGAUGGUGGCAGUUUCAUCAGUAUCAGGUGGUGGGUAGAGCUCUUCCAACGGCGGCGGUGGAGCACCCCAAGAUUUACCGUAUGAAGCUGUGGGCUACGAAUGAAGCCAGAGCUAAAUCCAAGUUCUGGUACUUUUUAAGGAAGCUGAAGAAAGUGAAGAAAAGUAAUGGCCAAGUUCUUGCAAUUAAUGUGGUUUUUUUCCGUCUUAUUUGGUCCCUUUUUCUCAAGGAAUGUCAUGGGUUUGGUUUCUCCUUUGUAUGUCCUAUAUUUGAGAGGAAACCAACAAAGAUCAAGAAUUAUGGCAUCUGGCUGCGGUACCAAAGCCGAACAGGUUACCACAACAUGUACAAAGAGUACAGGGAUACUACACUGAACGGUGCCGUGGAGCAGAUGUACAACGAGAUGGCAUCCCGCCACCGAGUCAGGUGCCUUUGCAUCCAGAUUAUCAGGACUGCCACCAUUCCUUCCAAACUAUGCAAGCAAUUCCAUGAUUCUAAAAUCAAAUUCCCCGUCGUCUUCAAGAAAGUCAGGCCCCCUACCAGAAAGUUGAAGACCACUUUCAAGGCCUCCCGCCCUAGUCUCUUCAAGUAAAAGAGAGUACUCGAGCACAUUCUCCAGAAACUGUUGCAUUUAGUUCAUGUAUUGUUGGAUGAACUUAAAAUGCCGCUGUCAGAGAUUGUGUUUGUGUAGGACUUUUGCAGAGAGAUUUUGUGAUUUGGAUUAGGAGAAUUCAUUUCUCAUUUUCAGCAUGUUGUUGUUAUAGCGGAUGUGAUCUUAUGAAUUGGAUUAGCUAUUCCAGUUUAAUUUUUUGUGCUUAA